AUGGUGACAGAGUCUCCGUCUACCAGUGUGCCUCCAGCAGGAGGGAAAGGGAGAAAGAAACGAGCGCAGCAGCAGAAGGAGGCACAGAGGGAAGCGGCGAAGAGUGAGCUCCAAGAAUUAUGGCAGCAUGCUACGACGAUAUAUGAUGUUAAGGGACAUGUCCUUCAACUCGCCACGGACCAGUGGGGAUGCCGCUUUGUUCAGCUCAGGUUGGAAGCACCUGACGAGGGCGAGGCUAACUUGAUCGUAUGCGAACUGUUGGAACAUAUCACGGACUUGUCCACGGAUAGUUAUGGUAACUACGUCGUACAGAAGAUGAUUGAGGUGAGCGCUGAUGUCGAGACUAGAUUGGGAUUGAUAGUUGACCAACUAGUUGGAGAGGUCUUUAGACUCUCAGUGCAUGUGUAUGGGUGCCGAGUGAUCCAGCGGGCCAUUGCGGCGACGUGCGUGCCUUUACCACAGCAACAUGCUCUUGUGAUCAGCGAGUUGAAGGGGAGAAUACAGGAGUGUGUGGAGGAUGCUCAUGGCAACCAUGUGGUUCAGAAGAUUAUUGAAAUAGAACGGCCUGUGGAAAAACUUCAAUUUAUAGUAGAUGCAUUAACACCAUCAGCGAGCUGGCUAGCUGCUCAUGCAUGCGGCUGUAGAGUACUUCAGAGGUUACUGGAGACAUGCCCGCCCGAUAUGAUAACCAAGAUGCGGACGUCUAUUGUGAGGUCAUGUGCUGAGCUGAGCACCAACUCUUUCGGCAAUUACGUUAUUCAGCAUGUCAUAGUUUAUGGCACACAAGCAGACCGGAAGGCGAUAUACAGUUACGUUAUGGAGGACAUCACCGCUGCGUCGUGUCAUAAGUUUUCGACUAAUGUUGUUGACAAGUGUCUGCAGCACUUGACCAUGGUGGAGUUGGCCCACGUAAUUUCGGUAGUCUUGGGUGACUCGGGUGCUGAGGCCGCCUCUAUAGCGGCGUGGGGUGGCAGUGCGGGAGAGGCCGUGGCUCUGUCUGUUAUGCUGCGGGAUCGUUACGGAUGCGCCAUCGUCUCGAGGCUACUCGAAUUGGCACCGAGUGAGAUGAUUGAGCGAAGUCGGCUUGUGUGGAAGUUGAAGGAGCAGCUGCCAGCAUUAAGGAAGUCUUCCUUUGCUAAACACUUGGUUGCCGCGGUGGAGUCGAUUCAUGCAGGAUCGUUGCCCCCGGUUCCAGGACAGUUCUCGAGACAAUUGUCUGCUCACUGACUGUGUAUCAUUUAUAUGCUUCCUUUUAA